CAUUUCCGAUUUUAGUUCAACCAAGAUGGCGGCGCCCAUGUGAACACGAUUUUUAAAAGUAGCUUUCAAGGAUUGUUUGGGUCCGUUUUCUUCCAAAUGAAUUUGUCAUCUUAUGUAAAAGGGGCUGUAGUUGGGAGUACCACCAUGUUGUGUAGGAGAUGCUCAGUCCUAACCUCAUCCACACUGGAAGAUUUCUCACGUAUGCAGAAACGAUACAUGAAGAGCUGGAAGAAAAGAGCGCAGGUCAUUGAGGAAAGGAAAGAACAAGUAUUUCAAUAUGUGAGAGACAAUGCUAAGCCUACAGAGAGACUGUAUGUAUGGGGCUGUGCGACUACAGGGUCUCUUGGUAUAUCAUCGUACCUUAAGCCAGCAAAAGGACAGAGUUUCAUGCAGUGUAUGAGGAGACCAGCACGGCUUAAAUUCUUUGACAAUUAUGAUAUCAAGGUUACAGAAGCAGCCUGUGGAUAUGGAUUUACUAUAUUUCUGGGAAAAAAAGGAAAAGAACAUUGUGUGUUUGGAACUGGGAUCAACACAAACUCGCAGAUAGGAUUUCAUAGAAUACAUAAUGACAAAGGAAAAGGACUUGAUUACAUCAUAGAACCAAUAAAGAUUGAUGUUCCGUUUGAUAACCCAGACACCACUAGUGUGACGCAGGCUGCCUGUGGACGUGCCCAUACGAUCUUACUAACAAACAAUGAAGGAGCUUUCAGUUUGGGAAACAAUGCAUAUGGCCAGUGUGGGAGAACCAUUGUAGAGGGAGAACUUUACAGGUACAGCUCACAGAUACAACAGAUUAGGGAUUUACCUGACAAUGUCACAAAGGUUGUCUGUGGACAAGACCACACCUUGUUUCUGACAAAGGCAGGAGAGGUAUACAGCUGUGGUUUGGGAGCUGAUGGACAGACAG